UGUCCGCGUCCUGCCGUCUCUCCAACAAUGCAGUUUUUAAUGGACCCGUGAGCGCAACUGGCUCCGAACGCCGCGCCACCUCGGGCUCACCGGGGCUCUAACCCUGCUCCCCCUCACCCCCGGAGAAUCUGCACCUCUGCUCGGUCUCGACACACCCGCCGCGCGCUCCCUGGACUCGGAUUUAAGCCCCGGUGCCCCUCUCUCCCCCGGAGCUUCGCCGUCGGCUUCAUCACGACCUUCGAUGCUGCAAUCACAAAUAUCGGGAGAAUCCAUCUCGCUGUGCAGGGUUGCGGUGGAGGGGCCGUCGAUAUAAACAAGGCCCUGGUGUGAGGAGCAGCCUUCACUGAUCCAACCAUGCUCCCCAGGGACAGACCUCCACAUCGCCCCGUCUGUCACUGAGCACCAUGCGCGUCUUGCUUCAUCCUCUGAGGGCCACAGCCGCCCUCAUGCUGCCCUCGCUCUUCACAUAGACCUCAAAGAAAGACGUUUUAUCUCCACAGACAUGGCUUCAUUGCUCAUUCAUUCCGACCCCUUGGAGAGUAAUGUGAGGUGAGACUUGCCCUUUCCCCCCUUGAAGAGCUCAGCGGAGACAUUGCGGCAGGAGAGCACUGCUUUUUGCUUCGUAUUAGCGUCGGUGCGCUGCUCCUGACAAGGUCGUAUCAUGGCUGCUGCUGACGCCCGCCCGAGUCUGCCUGGGCGAGGAGCGGACUGAAAAAUGCUGCGUACCGGCGGAGGGGGCGGCUCCACGGGGGGCCAGCCAUGGGUGCUGCGCCGCGUCCGUCUCACCUGGCUCAGCUUCAUGCUCUUCUUCAUCCUGGUCUUCUUCCCGCUCAUCGCCCACUACUACCUGACCACCAUCGACGAAGCCGGGGGGCCGGACAAGCGCAUCUUCGGCCCGCGGCCCGGAGGGGAGCUGUGCGAGGCCAAGCACGUGCAAGACCUCUGCCGGAUCCGCGAGUCGGUCAGCGAGGAGCUGCUGCAGCUGGAGGCCAAGAGGCAGGAGCUCAAUGGAGAGAUUGCCCGACUCAACCUGCGGAUCGAGGCUUGCAAGAGGAGCAUCGACAGCGCGAAACAAGACCUCCUACAGCUUAAAAACGUCAUCAGCCAAACCGAGCAUUCGUACAAAGAACUGAUGGCGCAAAACCAGCCUAAAUUGUCACUACCGGUUAGAUUAUUCCCAGAUAAGGAGGAUCCAGGAAUGCCUCCGCCCAAAUCAUCCCGCUCUUGCCGUCUUCACUCCUGCUUCGACUACGCCCGCUGCCCCAUCACCUCCGGCUUCCCUGUGUACGUCUACGACCCCGCGUCUUACCCGUGGGGAGACCUUAUAGAUCCACUUGUGAAACAGGCUUUUUUGGCAGCAGCGAAAAGCAACAUCUACAUAACCGACAACCCCAGCAUCGCCUGUCUUUACUUGGUUCUUGUAGGCGAGCUCCAGGAAUCCUCCAAGCUACCGCCACCUUCAGAUCUGGAAAAGCAGCUCAAAGCUCUUCCGUACUGGAGGAACGACGGACACAACCACGUCUUGGUCCACUUUUCCAGGACUUCCACCGUUCAGAACUUCGUGUACAACGUGAGCACGGGGAGGGCGGCGGUGGCGCAGUCAACCUUCCUGGAGCAGCAGUACCGCGAGGGGUUCGACUUGGUGGUUUCGCCGUUAGUCCACGCGCUUUCUGAGCCCAACUUCUUAGAAAUCCCUCCGCAGGUUCCCGUCAAGAGGAAGUACCUGUUCACUUUCCAAGGGGAGCGGGUGGAGUCUCUAAGGACCAGUUUGCAAGAGGCGCCUCCACAGUCGUUCGAAGAGGAGAUCGAAGGAGACCCGCCUGCGGACUAUGACGACCGCAUCAUCGGCACCUUAAAAGCGGUUCAGGAUAGCCACUUGGAUCAGGUUUUGGUGGAGUUUACCUGCAAGAGUCCUCAGCCGAGCUUGCCUACCGAGUGGUCUCUUUGCGGGACGAGGGAAGACCGCUUGGAAGUUCUUAAAGUUUCGACCUUUGCUUUGGUCAUUGCUCCAGGAGAUGGACAAGUCAUAGCUUCAGCUGGCUGUGGCAUGAGGCUAUUCGAAGCGCUGGAAGUUGGCGCCAUACCUGUAAUUUUGGGCGAUCAUUUAAGACUCCCGUACCACCACUUAAUCCGUUGGAGUGAAGCGACUAUUAUUGUCCCCAAACCCCGAGUGACGGAGCUACAUUUUCUGUUGCGUAGCUUGUCAGACAACGACCUGCUGGCGAUGCGGCGGCAGGGGAGGUUCUUGUGGGAGGCUUAUUUUUCAACCUCAGAAAAUGUCCUAAAUACUAUUCUAGCUAGCAUCAGAACUAGCAUACAAAUCCCAGCGGCUCCAAUCAAAGAGGAGCCCGUGCAGGAGAUCCCGCACAAGGCUGGGAAGAUAGCCGGGACGGAUGCGAACCUAGCCGACAAUGCCGACCUGGAUUUGGGGCCAGUGGAGACCGAGCCUCCGUACGCGUCACCACGGUUCCUCCGAAACUUCACCUACACAGCGUCGGACAUCUACAGGACGUGGAACCGUGCGCCCGGGCCCUUCCACCUGUUCCCCCACACUCCUCUAGACCCCGUCCUGCCCUCAGAGGCCAAGUUCAUGGGCUCGGGCACCGGGUUCAGGCCGAUCGGAGGCGGGACGGGGGGCUCGGGGAAGGAGUUCCAGGCGGCUCUGGGCGGGAACAUGCCCCGGGAACAGUUCACCGUGGUGAUGCUGACCUACGAGAGGGAGGAGGUGCUCAUGAACUCUCUGGAGAGGCUCAACGGGCUGCCCUACCUCAACAAAGUGGUGGUGGUGUGGAACUCGCCCAAGCCCCCUUCAGAAGACCUGCUGUGGCCGGACAUCGGACUGCCCAUCGUGGUCGUCCACACGGAGAAGAACAGCCUGAACAACCGCUUCCUGCCCUGGGACGCCGUGGAGACCGAGGCCAUCCUGUCCAUCGACGACGACGCUCACCUCCGGCACGACGAGAUCAUGUUCGGAUUCAGGGUGUGGAGGGAGGCCAGGGAUCGCAUCGUGGGCUUCCCCGGACGCUACCACGCCUGGGACGUCAACCACCAGUCCUGGCUCUACAACUCCAACUACUCCUGCGAGCUGUCCAUGGUGCUGACCGGAGCCGCCUUCUUCCACAAGUACUACGCGUACCUGUACUCGUACGUGAUGCCCCAGGCCAUCAGGGACAUGGUGGACGAGUACAUCAACUGUGAGGACAUCGCCAUGAACUUCCUGGUGUCACACAUCACCCGCAAACCACCCAUCAAGGUGACCUCCCGCUGGACGUUCCGCUGCCCCGGCUGCCCCCAGGCCCUGUCCCACGACGACUCGCACUUCCACGAGAGGCACAAGUGCAUCAACUUCUUCGUCAAGGUGUACGGCUACAUGCCCCUCCUCUACACGCAGUUCAGGGUGGACUCGGUGUUGUUCAAGACCCGCCUACCGCACGACAAGACCAAGUGCUUCAAGUUCAUCUAGCACCCACCAGAAAGCAGAGCCCAACGGGAGACUGAGAGGCAAGAUAGCGUCACACCGAACCGCGAAAAGUGGCGAAGGAGCGUGCCGCCCUUUUGUCUCAGAUGGAUUUUUACUGUUCAGAAUCAUGUCAAAUAGGGUUGCGUUGUGGUACUAGAAUGACUGGAAUGUUAAAUGGAAGGCAAGGGCAGAUAUUAUUACUAUUCUUACAUACAAAUUGGUACUUUGCAGUGAUGUGGUCCUGUUUCAGAGCUUGAUUUUCAACAAAAAGGUGAGACUGACCUAACUGAAAAACUGUCUAACGCUAGAGAGAAACCAGACGUCCCUAUUUACCCGGGACAGUCCCAGUUUUGAGCCGUGUGUCCUUUGUCCGAGUAGAUUUAUACAAAACUUGUGAUUUGUCCCAGUUUUAUACAAGAAAUGUCCCUAUUUUUGACCAGUCUGAUCCCUGCCAACAGUAAAUCGAGGCAUAAACAGUCAUUUAUGUAGGUGAAAUACAGAAAAGUUGCUUAAAAUUUCCAAAACACAAAGAAAAUGUGACUAUACUGACUCACGUGUUCGUCAUGAAUGGUCUCGGCAUAACUAUUUUCCUUAGUUACGCACUCGUUUCACAGUUUUAUUAUUACCAACCACCAAAAAAAAAAGAAAAGAGGAUGUCCCAGUUUUUUAUUUUGAAAAUCUGGUCACCUUACUGUUGUAGUUCCAGCUAAAUCAGGAUUCUCUCUUGUGUUAAAGCAAAUUAAAGUCUAACUUGAGUGAUCGAGCUUCAGACAGAGCAGUGCUUACAGUUAGCACCACAUCCCCAGGGAAUGUUGAUGGUAUCAGCUGCAAAGUAGCAAUAAAUAUAUUUUACUGAAUGAAAUAUCCAAACAAAGUCCACAUUUUGGAAAAAAUAUACAUGAAUUUUGCUGACAGAAAACAUUAAAAGUGUUUGCUAUAGUUUAAGAACCAUGAAAAAUUUGAUCAUUUUAAGCGGUUUGCAUUGAGACCAGUAAAGCAAACAGCAACUAGCAUUCUAACCCGCACUUCCUGAUUCUCAGACAGCAAAAAUACGAACGGUACAUGAUGCUGACUUAUUUUGACUUCCAGAGCUGCUUAUACAAUUUAUCUGUGAUGAGGCAAGACACAUUUUGCUCAAAAACAUGGAAAAAAUCGGGUACAAACGAUUUAAAAUUUGUUUAUUUUUCACGCAAAAUAUUCCCAGUAAAUGAAAUUAAAUAAAUCAACCAAAAACGGUUCAAAAUGUCUAAAUUAUGACCCAAAUUCUCCCAUGGAACUUCCACCUGCCCUCCAUUUAAAUUUCCAACUUGGGAAUGUUGUAAUACCACAAGAACGCAACCUGCUCUCAACCACUACAGAAAUCUCAUUUGCACCUGAAGACGGAACGAACAAAGUGUGUACAGAGAAAUUAUCCGAAAACGAACUCCGAUUUGGACAAUGGAGCUGGAAUAACACGGACAGAAACCAGAAACCAGAAACCGGGCUACCACCAGCACCGCAGCCUGUCUGAAACUGUUAACGUUUUACGAACUCAAAAUCGUGUAUAGGAUAAGCACUGACGUGAAGAAUUUUAUUGAACAGUCUUGUUUUUUUUAUUAUUAUUAUUAAUUAUGAUGCUGUGUAAAUGUGUACUUUUGGCGUGCCUAUUGGGAGACCCUAGUAUGCACAGUCGGACAAAUAGACAAAGCCGACGGCGUAUUUUCACCUGUUAAAAUGUGUUCUUAUGGAAGCAGGAAUUCACUACAAUGUCACCGACAAUGCCUCAUAACUGACACAAAACCAGCGGCCAUCUUGUCACUUCGGUUUCGGGGGUUUUAAACAGGCGGCGUGCGGGCCAUUUGCGGUCCUUUUUUUGUCAUUUUGCGGUCCAAAUCUAGACAUCUUGAUGGUAAAUAAUCCGUGUGUCAUUCGUUCAUUAAUUUUUCAAUAUAAAACCAAAAAUAAGAAAACGAAAAAACAACCGUGUUCUUAAUUGUUUGUCUCCAAACCAAAAAUGAAAAAAACUGAUAACGGCCGUUUCCGUGACUUAAACUGCGAUGCCGGACUUUUGUGCUGCAUACGGACUGAACCAGGACUAAAACCAGGACUAAACCAGGUCUAAACCAUUUUUAGGCCUGGUCUCAGUCCCGGUCUGGUCCUGGUUUGAGUCCCAGUCUCAAUAAUGGUCUGGUCUUGGUCUCAGUCCCGGUCUCAGUUCUUGUUCUGGUCCCGGUCUCAGGCCCAGUCUCAGUCCUGGUCCUAGUCCCGAUCUGGUCCCAGUCUAAGUCCUGAUCUCAGUCCCGGUCUUCUUCCGGUCUG